AUGGCGAACUCCCCCGUGUUAAUGGCUGUGGAUGGCAGCGAUCAUGCCGAUUUCGCGUUCGAUUGGUACAUGAAGAAGUUCCACAAGCCCGGAGACCAAUUAAUCCUCCUCCAUUGUCCGGAGUUAUACCUUAACGACUUAAACAUGAGUCCUGGUCGGGUAACGCAACUACAGAGAGAAGUAAGUGAAAACACCCAAGCUCUACAUGACAAAUGGUUAGCCAAAGCCUCGGCCGCUGGGAUACAGGCAGAGUUUAAGGUUGAAUACUCACAGAAGCCAGGCCAUGUCAUUGUUGAUGUAGCACAACGUGUGGGAGCAGGUUGCAUAGUAACUGGGACUCGAGGACUCGGGAAAGUCCGGCGAACAUUCCUCGGCAGUGUCAGCGAUCACGUGAUUCAUCAUGCCAGUUGUCCCGUUCUAGUUUGUCGUAACUAA